AUGGCAUACGGCAAUAUAUCUUACUGGGAUGAACGAUACACAAACGAAGAAGAGCAAUUUGAUUGGCAUCAAAAAUGGUGUAGUGUAAAGCACAUUUUCUCAGAACUGAACUUAAAAAAUGACGCAAAAAUAUUAAAUAUCGGCUGUGGAACAUCAAAAUUCAGCGAAGAAAUGCUUGACAAUGGUUAUACAGAUAUAACUAACAUAGACGCUUCUUCUGUAUGCAUAAAGAAAAUGCAAGAAAUUUACAAAGAUAAACCUAAUUUAAAAUAUAUGUUAAUGAAUGUAUGCGAUAUGAAAGGAUUUAAAAACGCAGAGUUCGACCUAAUUGUGGACAAGGCCUGUCUAGAUUCUGUAGUUUGUUCGGAAGAUUCCCUUAGGAAUGUCGAAGAAAUGCUGUCUGAAGUAUCACGUGUGUUAAAACCUGAAGGUAUCUUUGUUGUUAUAUCGCAUGCGCAACCAACUUAUCGAUUAGGAUAUUUGCAAAAACAGGAUUACAAGUGGAAUAUCACUGUAAAAACAGUUAAGCGUCCUAUAUUAGGGAUAGUAGCCCCCCCUGUGGAUGACAGCUUACACUAUAUUUACAUUUGCAAUAAGGGAAACACAGAUACACAAAAAUAG